AGAAUUUUUUUUAAUCAUGAGCAUGACAGCAUUGAUGACUAACUGUAUCAGUUUGUAGCGCUAUCUCAAUUCUUCGGGCUACGAUUGUUCCAACAGGUAGUUAGAUGGACAGACUUGUAAAUUUAUUUGAAUGACAUGGACAAAGAAAUACCUAUAUAAUAUAUGUACAUAUGUACAAUAAAUAUGUAAUAUAUGUACGCAUACACUGCCUCAUUUCGGAAAAAGGGAUGUAUCCUCACCUUAGGCAUUGGUCUCUAAUUCUUUUCCUCUAUCUUAGUUGCAUCGUUAGUCAACGUGAACAAAGUAAUAAAUAGUUUUCAAAAGUUUAAAACUAAGUAGCGCGUAGAGAAAUUUUUAAUCAUCUAACGCAUUUAUACCUAGCGAUAUUCUCCAAUACUGGUGUACAGAGUGUCGGGUGUUGUUUAUAUUUUCUCAUCCUCUUAAAAACCAUAUUUUAUUUAUUAAUAUGUUUAUAUCCUACACCACUUGUGACACGUGGGUAUAUUAAGUUUAUCCCUAUGUAUGCAGUGUAAAAUAGAACUUAGAAUAGAUCGAUACUUUACUCUACCGAUCUAAGAUCGUCUGUCUGUGUGUCUGGUUUCCUUGUGGCCAACAUAUAGGCCGUAAUUUGUGAAUAUUUUGAUGUGGAAAUAAUUCAAAUCUGGCCACUUUUUCAACCACUUAUCAUAUAACACCUUACCUUGAAAAGUCGUUAUAUUCAUAAUGGUACGAUUGUGCAGGAUAUUUCGUACUGGACCCUGCCAUGCUAUAACGCUUUUACUUUUUUUAUUUAUAAAAAUAUAAAAUUUUUAUAUACGUAGUACGCCUUACAAUAAUAUGAAAUUUUUGUACACAUUUAGACGUAAUUAACUCACCAUUCAAUAAAGUCAUAAGAAUGCAAGCAGAAGUUUACGGUUAGGUGUUUAAGUCACGUUACAAGGAGAAUUCUGAUUUACCAUUGCAGAAAUAGUCUCAUUAAAGGAAAUAUAAACUUAUGGUCAAAAUGUCAUGAAACAGAUUGACUUAUUUCUUUUGAAGCUUAUCUAAAAAUCAUAUGAGGGUUCGUCAACAGUCAGCCUACAUCUCUAUUCCAUCCUCGGAGCAUAUUAAAUAAUGUAUUUAAUUGCGCGAGGAUACUGUACUAGCACUACGUUGUUUAAUCAGGAUCCUUUUUCACUUUUGGAAUUAUCUACUAGAUACCUAUGCGAAGUAUCUAAGAUUUGCUUUAGGAUAAGUUUCCUCAUUAUUAACAUUGUAAUAGCAUAAGAAAUUUUACACUCACAACAAAGUUUAUCUGAUUGAAAAACGUAUUCUAUCUAUCUAUAAAAGUUAUAAUUAAAAAAAUUUUUUUUUCUUAAUUUAAAACAUCGAGUACAUUAAGCUUAAAACGAUUUUUUUUUCUUUUUUCUUUUUAGAAAUUAUUUCAUUCAUUUAAGUUACUACUCAUUCAUAAAUUGUUGGCCAUAUGCCGGCAAUGCUUCAGUAGUAAUACAGUAAAGCAUUAUCGCACGCGAUUUAACAAUUUAUAUUACUUUGUCUCUCAAAACUUUAAAUUUUUAUUUAAUUCUUUAAAAUUUCAAUGUUAGUCUUUAAUUUUCAAUUUUGGGAAGAGUUGCCUUUACGUUACCUAAGUGGAGGUUUCCACUUUACUUGGAGGGUUUGGCUACCGUACGUGGGUUUGCCUGUUGUACAACAUAUAAUUAUUUCAACAAUUAAUAAUAACUAAACACUUAUGCACACAUAAGAGGCUGGGCGGGCUGGACGGGCUGAGCACGUAAGUAUAAUUAAACUAUUUUAAAGGUAUAAUGAAUAUUUUUAGUAAACUGAAUCAUUAUAUACCACUUAGUGCAGUGUAUAUACACAUAUACAUAUAUGUAUUAUUAUAAUACAACUGUAAUACGUGAUUGCGUGUGUGUAAGACCAUUAAAAAAAUAUAUUAAUUAAAAACCUUUCGUUUUUCAAUAUUUAAGAAAUAAUGAAUGAAUUUUUAAGAAUUGAUCUCGAUUACUACAUCCAUCCUGUAAAGUACAUUUAUACUCUUAUGAAGGAAGCUUUGAGAUUAACUCUUGUUUCUGCCCUUUGUUCAUAGGUGAACAUUCAUUGAUAGUUUCGCGAUGUGAAACGCCAUUAGUUUUAUGUUUAUGGUCCUUUCUGAAAAAUCCGUGUAAAAAAGACUAAAACUUAUGUGGAUCGAAAAGUGAACCCUUAAUCCUGGCUUCAAUUCCCCUUUCGCUUAGACCCUGCAAAAUUUGUAUCCAUAAGUCUGAUUCUUUAAGGUGGCUCAUCUGCGUGGAAAGCUAACAGCUGGGAAAAGAUAAAAAAGACUCUUAUGUGUCUUCUCAGUCUUCGUGCAAUUAUUAAAGUUUUUUUCACAGGUUUGAUAUAAAAUACAUCAAAUGGUUUUUUGUACGAGCGAUAUCUGCCAGAAAAAACUAUUUGAAAACACAUUGCGUCACCACUUAUCGAAAAGUAGAUGAAUUAUUUUUAUUUUCAUUUCCUCGCAAUUUAAUGAGACAAGUUUCUUCACAGUUUCUAUUUAAAGCGAUGCGUGUCUGCGAAAGAACACAUUCAAAAAGAAAAGAUGUCGCGUAAAGAAGACACAUCGCGUUUCCGCAGAGCAAAGUAAAUCUGUAAUGUUUCUUGACUCUUGUACGUUACAUGUACAUUUUGAUCCAAGAAGUAACUGAAAUGUGCUGGUCUCCGUCAAUUUUUGGUCGUCGAGAGUGCGGCGAGUCGUCGACAUCGACGAAAAACGAAACAACCAUUCACAUAUUAUUGGCUUUGCUUCAUCCUAAACGCCACGAAUUUUUUCUUAAAUAUCCAGAACAUAAUCACUUUGGUUGACAUCCUAUUAAGUAAUAUAUAGCGAAUAUGGUCUCAUUCUUCAAAAGCAAAUAUUGUUUCUGUUAUUACUGCAGGAUAAAUAAAAGUAUGUGUAAAUUAAAAAAAGAAAAUGUAGAACAAUGGCAACAUUAUCAUGUACAGAAAGCAGAAGAUAGGAUGCGGAAAGAGAAAGAAGAUUGAAAAGAAGACAAGAAGAAAUUAAUGAAAUAAAUUAAAAUGUCUCUUGAUAUUUGUUAACCAACUGUUUGUUAAAUUAUUUGCAAAUGUUACGGUUAAUGUGAUUCUGUAAAUAAAUAUGGAAAAUAAUGUUAUGACUCAAUUAUCGGAAGAAUUGGUACAGCGUUUAAGCAGUGGCGGAAUUGAUUUAGAAGGUAUGUCAGGCGAACUUUUUGGACAAAGUGAUUUGUAUAUUACAGGGAACCAAGAUGAUAGCAAUUCUCAAAUAGCAAUAGAUAAUGAAAUUAUUAUGCAUAUGGAUAUAAGAGAACCGUUAAAAACAUUGCACAAGCUUUUAGAAAAGAAACUAAACAUAAGCCUUCGUGAUUAUGAAUUCUGGCUCCAAGACGCUCAAGAACUGGAACCUCACAAAAAUUUAGUGGACCAAUGUGUAAAAGGUGAAGGCUUGGUUCAAAUUAAUGUGGAAAUCAAAUAUAUAGUUAAACGAAUCAACAUUUUGGAUGUCCUAAAACCCACUGAAGACGCUUUGGUAGCGGCCUUGGCUGAGCAAGAGAAUUGUAAAACAAAUUCCACUUCGGAUGAUAAACAAUGCAAACGCAAUGAAUAUUCCCAAUCCUUCCAGGGCGCUGAAGAAAAAUCCCCAUCCAAAAAAUGUAAAAGCGGUCAUGAAAGCGCUUCUACUUCCAAAAAAGAGAAACCUUACCUUAAUUGGGUAUUGGAUAGCAAGUUUCGCAAGGAACAGGCACGUCUGAAAAUACCCGACAAUCCCAAUGAUUGGACAGUAGCUCAUGUGAAAUAUUGGCUUCAAUGGGCCAUUAAGCAAUUCGAAUUGACUAACUUUAAUAUGAACGAAUGGUCAAUAACGGGUCGUCAACUUUGCACACUCACUCAUGAAGAGUUUCAUAAGAAAUUGCCUAAAGAUCCUGGUAACGUAUUUUGGACUCAUGUGCAGUUGCUGAAAGAAUGUAAGUUUGUGGCUGUUGUACAUAAAGCUGCUGAAAGUGAAUUAAUGGAAAAUAACGCAGAAUUAAGUAAAAACACACCGUCCUUGUCUGCCAUGCCACGAGAGCAAAAGAUAAUGCGCAAAAGUUUUCAUAAUACUAAGAAAGAAACUGAAGUGGCUUUAGGCUCAGAUGGUUCAAUUACUCAUAGCAAUUAUGGCAUCGGUUCCGGAAACAACGGCCAAGUACAAUUGUGGCAAUUCCUCCUUGAGAUACUUACUGAUCGCGAACACGUGGACAUAAUUGAGUGGGUAGGUGAUGAUGGCGAAUUUAAGCUUACUGAUCCGGAACGUGUAGCUCGCCUUUGGGGCGAGAAAAAAAAUAAACCUGCUAUGAAUUAUGAAAAAUUAUCUCGAGCUUUACGCUAUUAUUAUGAUGGUGACAUGAUAUCCAAAGUGUCUGGCAAACGUUUUACCUAUAAAUUUGAUUGCGAUCUGAAACUUCUGAUCGGUUAUAGUGCCGGCGAACUAUCAGCUUUGGUCAAUGAAAGAACCAUUAGUGAUUCUAUUUACUUGGAGCAAAAAGACUAUAAGUCGAAUAAUAAAUGACAGUGGGUGCGAGUCAAAGAGGAGCCGUUAUGCAUUUUGAAAGAAGAAUUUAUUAUUGAACCACCAGAUUGACCUGGUGCAUUAUAUUUUAUUUUAUUCCUUUUUUUUACAUCAUUGCAUUAUUGAUAUUUGUUUUGUAAACCUUCUCGUUACAUGUGCACUUAUUAAAAUUGCUUGUUUAUUAUCUUUAUCUGCUUUUGCAGCAUCAUUGGAAAUGUGCAAGGACGCAUGUCAUUUUUUUACGAUUAUCAGA